AUGGCUCCAAGGCCCCGGGCCACUGCAGUCGAUACCGACGCGUCCAUGUCCGAUGCGCCCGAGACUCGUCAUCCCGACGACAUGGAAGUGGACGAGACUCCCGACUACACAGAUUCCGACACCAAUCCCAAUACGACAGCCAGCAGUGUCAUCGGCGAGGCCUUGGGAGACGGCCGGAAGCGCCGUACCGAGGCAAACCAGCUGCGGCGCAGUAUCUUUGGCAAAAAACACGACCGUCUCGGUGAAUCCAAGGAAGAUGACACAAUCCGGAGAUUCCGAUACCUUCUCGGUCUGACGGAUCUGUUCCGACACUUUAUCGAAACCAACCCAGACCCCAAGAUUCGCGACAUCAUGGCCGAAAUCGACCGUCAGAAUGCCGAGGCGGCUCGCGGCAAAAAGGGCGCCGGCCGUCAGGGCGGGGCCACCAGCGAAAGACGCCGGCGGACAGAGGCCGAAGAAGACGCUGAGCUUCUCAAGGACGAGAAGCACGGAGGCUCCGCCGACACCGUCUUCCGCGAGUCGCCCGCCUUCAUCCAGGGCUUGAUGAGAGACUACCAGAUCUCGGGUCUCAACUGGCUCAUUUCCCUGCACGAGAACGGAAUCUCUGGCAUUCUCGCCGACGAAAUGGGUCUCGGGAAGACGCUCCAGACCAUUUCGUUUCUGGGAUACCUUCGUCACAUUGCCGGCAUCACCGGACCUCACCUCAUCACCGUUCCCAAAUCGACCCUGGAUAACUGGAAGCGGGAGUUUGCCAGGUGGACGCCCGAAGUCAAUGUUCUGGUUCUCCAGGGUGCCAAGGAGGAGCGCCACCAGCUCAUCAACGAGCGCCUCGUGGACGAAAAGUUUGACGUCUGCGUCACCAGCUAUGAGAUGAUUCUACGGGAAAAGUCGCAUUUGAAGAAGUUUGCCUGGGAAUACAUCAUCAUUGAUGAGGCCCAUCGCAUCAAGAAUGAGGAGUCGUCGCUCUCGCAAGUGAUUCGGCUCUUCUCGUCGCGUAACCGUCUCCUGAUCACGGGAACUCCGCUCCAGAACAAUCUGCACGAGCUUUGGGCGCUUCUCAACUUCCUGCUCCCCGACGUCUUCGGCGAUGCAGAGGCUUUCGACCAGUGGUUCUCCGGACAGGAUCGGGAUCAAGACACUGUCGUUCAGCAGCUUCACCGUGUUCUCCGGCCAUUCUUGCUGCGGCGAGUCAAGAGUGAUGUGGAAAAAAGCCUGCUUCCCAAGAAGGAGGUCAACCUUUACUUGGGCAUGUCCGAGAUGCAAGUAAAAUGGUACCAGAAGAUCCUCGAAAAGGACAUCGACGCCGUCAAUGGCGCGGGUGGUAAGCGCGAGUCAAAGACGAGGCUUCUCAACAUCGUCAUGCAACUGCGCAAGUGCUGCAACCACCCUUAUCUCUUUGAGGGCGCCGAGCCAGGCCCCCCGUACACCACCGAUGAACAUCUCGUCUACAACGCUGGCAAGAUGGUUGUUCUGGACAAGCUCCUCGCAAAAAUGCAGAAGCAGGGAAGCAGGGUCCUCAUCUUUUCCCAGAUGAGCCGACUGCUGGAUAUCCUGGAGGAUUACUGCGUCUUCAAGCAGUACAAAUACUGCCGUAUCGACGGCGGCACGGCCCACGAGGACCGUAUCGCUGCCAUUGAUGAUUACAACAAGCCCGGGUCGGAGAAGUUUGUUUUCCUCCUAACAACGAGGGCUGGUGGUCUGGGCAUCAAUUUGACGACGGCCGACAUCGUCAUCUUGUACGACAGUGACUGGAACCCGCAGGCUGACUUGCAGGCCAUGGAUCGUGCCCAUCGCAUCGGGCAGACAAAGCAGGUGGUGGUGUACAGGUUCGUCACGGACAACGCCAUCGAAGAAAAGGUGCUAGAGCGAGCAGCCCAGAAGCUGCGCCUCGAUCAGCUGGUGAUCCAGCAGGGCCGGGCACAGAUUGCCGCCAAAGCAGCAGCAAACAAGGACGAGCUCCUGUCCAUGAUUCAGCACGGCGCCGAGAAGGUAUUCCAGUCAAAGGGCGGCUUGGGGAACAUCGAAAACAAAGGUUCCGAGCUCGACGACGAUGACAUUGAGGAGAUCCUUGCCCAGGGCGAGAACCGGACCAAGCAGCUGAGCUCCAAGUACGAAAAGCUGGGCAUUGACGACUUGCAGAAAUUCACCUCAGAGUCGGCCUACGAGUGGAAUGGGGAGAACUUUGCCAAUGUCAAAAAGGACAUUAGCUUGAACUGGAUCAACCCGGCCAAGCGAGAACGCAAGGAACAAUCUUACUCGAUGGACAAGUACUUCAGACAGGCUAUGUUUCCCAACCCCAAGGCCGAUGCCAAGCCGAAGGCGCCGCGGGCACCGAAGCAAGUACCGAAUCACGACUAUCUGUUCUAUCCAACACGCCUACGAGACCUUCAAGACAGGGAAACGGCCUAUUACAGGAAGGAGAUCGGAUACAAGAUCCCUCUCCCUGAUGGCGACGACGAGAACCUCUCGGAGCGCGAAGCCGAACGGCGGCUUGAUCAGGAGGAGAUUGACAAUGCGACUCCGUUGACAGAGGAUGAACGCCAGGAAAAAGAGGAACUUUCGAACCAGGGGUUCAGCAACUGGAACAAGCGUGACUUUCAGCAGUUCAUUAAUGGAUCCGGCAAGUACGGGCGCACAGACUACGAGGGCAUUGCUCAAGAGGUCGACAACAAGACGGCAGCCGAGAUCAAGGCUUACGCCAAGGUCUUUUGGCAGCGAUAUACGGAGAUUGCAGACUACAACAAGUACAUCAAGGUGAUUGAAGACGGCGAGGAGCGCACACGCAAGGUUGAGAACCAGAGGAAGCUGCUGCGGAAGAAGAUGCAGCAGUGCAGGGUGCCUUUGCAGCAGCUCAAGAUCAAUUACUCGGUGUCGACGACCAACAAGAAGGUGUACACCGAGGAGGAGGAUCGAUUCCUGCUUGUGCUCCUGGACAGGUACGGCAUCGACUCGGAGGGUCUGUACGAGAAGAUGCGUGACGACAUUCGAGAGUCUCCCCUUUUCCGGUUCGAUUGGUUCUUCCUCAGCCGCACGCCGACCGAGCUGUCUCGUCGGUGCACGACACUCAUCACCACCAUUGUCAAGGAGUUUGAGGACGUGCCGGCGCGCGGCGCAAACGGAGUGAAUGGGAAGACGAAGCGCGAGGCGGACGAGGAGAACGACGAGGAUAGUAUCCUGGGAAUGGCGCCAGCCAAGAAGAAGUCGAAGAACGGCUUCAAGAAUAAGGCUCUUGACAACGUGAAAUCGAGCAAGGCUAGCUCCGCCGUCCCGUCCAGGGCCUCUAGCGUGGCGUCUACGGCGUCGAAUGUUGGCGGCUCGUCGAAGAGCAAGAAGGGCAAGACGAAGAAGAGGUAG